UACUCUUAAUGUCGUAAUAAGUUAGAUCAUACUAUAACAGACGUGCUCUGCAGUAGUGACUGCUUAGAACAUGCGUGUGACAGCUAUAAAUAGGUUAGUUUGUGCCCGUCCCCGCUCACCACAAUAUGCAUCAAACAUUUACCAGAUAAAGUUCACAAAUUCCGUGCCAAUGUGAAGUAUAGCUUUAGAAAUGGAUUUUGAUUAAUUUACUUAAAAAUGGACAUAGAAGACCUUCAAGUAUUACGUUUACACGAAAACCCCCAGUAUUUGAAGCCAUGUUGUGAACUAAUCAACGAUGAGUGGCCACGGAGUGAGACAGCUCGGAUGAUGUCGCUUCAAGCAUCAUGCGACAAUUUGCCGACCAGUUUAAUUCUCAUCAAUGAAAAAAAGCACCUACUGGGACAUUGUAAAUUGACUCCAAUACCCAGUAUACCAGAAAGCUGUUUUAUAGAAACUGUAGUUAUAAGUAAAUCUAUGAGAGGCAAAAAACUAGGUAGCUACCUAAUGAGACAAGUUGAAGAAUAUUGUAAAAGCAUGUUGAAAUUAAAAAUGCUUCAUUUAUCAACAAAAGGGCAGGAAAACUUUUACGCCAAAUUGGGUUAUGAAGUUUGCCCUCCAGUUUCAAUAUAUGGAACCCGUAUUUUAAAUAGUGAACCUGUAAAUAUCAGUAUUAAGAUUCAAAACCCAGUGCCAGUAACUAAUAGUGUCCAAUCAGGACCUCCACCCCCACCGCCCCCACCGAUGCCAAAACCCGAGAGUUUGGCACAGAUCAAUACUGUCAAGUCCACAAAGACUUUCAUGUUCAAAUAUUUGUAAAAACAACUAGAUUAUUUAGGUAUAAAAAAUAUUAUUUAACUUUAAACUUAAAACUAGCCAUGAGUUGUAUUCCUCACUAAGAGUUAUUUGUAAAAUUUAAAUAAAAUCAAUAAAUUCAUUUACAUACCGUUAA